UUAACGUGGCACCAAAUACAUGUCCAAGAGACUCUGAGAAAUGUGAUCCAACUGUCACCUCCCUCUCAAACUAUAAUAUUCUUCUCUCACCCUUCCCUUACUUAAACCUCCUUGCGCCAUCUCCUUACCCAUUGUACAUCAUUUGUAUCGACCAUGGCAGCGGCUUCCCGAAUUUCUUCCUUGCUUUCUCGUUCUCUCCUCUCUAAAGGGAGGAUCUGUGGAGUGGGCAGAUCAGUGGUUUGUAGCUACACCACCGCUGCUGCUUUAGAGAAACCAAUCACUCCUUCCAUCAACGUCAACUACACCAAGCUUUUAAUUAAUGGCAACUUUGUUGAUUCUGCUUCAGGCAAAACUUUCCCAACAUAUGACCCCAGGACAGGAGAUGUGAUUGCUCAUGUAGCUGAAGGUGAUGCUGAAGAUAUAAAUCGAGCAGUUUCUGCUGCUCGAAAAGCGUUUGAUGAAGGACCCUGGCCAAAGAUGACUGCUUAUGAAAGAUCAAGGGUAUUAUUCCGAUUUGCUGAUCUUAUUGACCAACAUACUGAAGAACUUGCAACACUUGAGACUUGGGAUAACGGAAAGCCAUACGAACAAGCUGCUAAGAUUGAACUACCCAUGAUCUCACGUCUUAUUCGGUACUAUGCUGGUUGGGCGGACAAGAUUCAUGGUCUUACAGUUCCAGCAGAUAGUCCACACCUUGUGCAAACCAUACAUGAACCAAUUGGUGUUGCUGGUCAAAUUAUUCCGUGGAAUUUUCCUGUUCUAAUGUUUGCUUGGAAGGUUGGACCUGCCUUGGCAUGUGGUAAUACUGUCGUUAUUAAGACAGCUGAGCAGACACCAUUGUCUGCUCUUUAUGCUGCCAAGCUACUUCACGAGGCUGGACUUCCUCCAGGUGUUCUCAAUGUGGUUUCAGGGUUUGGUCCAACUGCUGGUGCUGCUCUUGCUAGUCAUAUGCAAGUUGACAAGCUUGCUUUCACUGGAUCAACUGAAACGGGAAAAAUUGUCCUUGAGUUGGCUGCAAAAAGCAACCUUAAGCCCGUAACAUUGGAGCUCGGAGGAAAAUCGCCUUUUAUUGUUUGCAAGGAUGCUGAUGUCGACAAGGCGGUUGAGCUUGCCCACUUUGCUUUGUUCUUCAAUCAAGGACAAUGUUGCUGUGCUGGCUCUCGUACAUACGUACAUGAGAGUGUGUAUGAUGAAUUUUUAGAGAAGGCAAAGGCACGUGCAUUGAAACGUAGUGUUGGCGAUCCAUUUGUAGCAGGCAUUGAACAAGGUCCUCAGAUUGAUUCAGAACAGUUUGAAAAGAUCAUGAGGUACAUAAGAUCAGGUGUUGAAAGUGGAGCAACUCUAGAAACCGGAGGGGAGAGGAUAGGGAACAAGGGCUUCUAUAUUCAACCCACAGUUUUCUCCAACGUGAAGGAGGACAUGUUGAUUGCAAAGGAUGAGAUAUUUGGUCCAGUUCAGUCUAUCCUGAAAUUCAAGGACAUCAACGAGGCUAUUCGGAGGGCAAAUACGACAUCAUAUGGACUGGCAGCGGGUGUGUUUACGCAGGACAUAGACACAGCAAACACCUUGACACGAGCACUGAAAGUGGGAACAGUGUGGAUAAACUGCUAUGAUGUGUUUGAUGCAGCGAUCCCAUUUGGUGGGUACAAGAUGAGUGGACAAGGCAGAGAAAAGGGUAUUCACUGUCUCAGCAAUUACUUGCAAGUGAAGGCCGUUGUCACUCCCUUGAAGGACCCUGCAUGGAUUUAAAAUUCCUUCAAGCUAUCGUUUACAAUGCUACAUCUGUUUCGUUGAUUAGUGAAUAUUGCAGGAAUAAAGAUGAUUGAGGAAUUGUUAUUUUAUCAUAGAUUUAUGGAAUGGAGUGGUGAAAUGUUGAUUGUGACGGAAAAAAAAACUAUAAUUCUUGUCA